CGGAUAUCAAAUGCGCGCUUUUCUCCACAAAUCUUUUUAAAAAGCGUUCCCUUCGAGCUUUUUGCGUGCUGUGAUCGUUCGAGAGGAUGGCGGAAAGCGAGGUGGACACGCCGAGCACUCCGAUUGAAUACGAGAGCAAAUACUUCGAGCAUCAUGGAGUUCGACUACCUCCCUUCUGCAGGGGCAAGAUGGACGAGAUCGCCAACUUUUCGUUAAGAAGUAGCGACAUAUGGAUCGUCACAUAUCCCAAAUCAGGUACGAGUUUGCUACAGGAGGUGGUGUAUCUGGUGAGUCAGGGGGCGGAUCCAGAUGAGAUCGGGCUCAUGAAUAUUGAUGAGCAGCUUCCAGUGCUGGAAUACCCACAGCCGGGAUUGGAGAUUAUCCAGGAACUGACAUCGCCUCGUCUGAUCAAAAGCCACCUGCCGUACCGUUUUCUGCCAUCAGCCAUGCACAAUGGAGAAGGCAAGGUGAUUUAUAUGGCGAGGAACCCUAAAGAUCUGGUGGUUUCCUACUACCAGUUUCACCGCUCUCUGAGAACCAUGAGCUACAGAGGAACCUUCCAGGAGUUCUGCAGGAGAUUCAUGAACGACAAACUGGGAUACGGCUCCUGGUUUGAGCAUGUUCAGGAAUUCUGGGAGCAUCGCAUGGACUCCAAUGUUCUCUUUUUGAAAUAUGAGGACAUGUACAAGGAUCUGGGCACUCUGGUGGAGCAGCUGGCUCGAUUUCUGGGCGUCUCGUGUGAUAAAGCCCAGCUGGAGAGCCUGGUGGAGAGCAGUAACCAACUCAUCGAGCAGUGCUGCAACUCUGAGGCCCUGUCCAUCUGCCGCGGUCGUGUCGGUCUGUGGAAGGACGUUUUCACCGUGUCUAUGAAUGAAAAGUUUGACGCCAUUUACCGCCAGAAGAUGGCAAAGUCUGACCUGACCUUUGACUUUAUCCUGUAAAGCAGCGACACUGGACCAACCAACCAACCAGUUCACCCACAUUGCUUAUUAAUGUCACCCGACGGACAUUUCCUUAUGCAGAUUUGAUCUUUCCAUCCCUGCCAUCUCUCGCUCAUCACUGCUCUUACAAUAGUAACUUCUUAAUACAGAUACGCAGGCUUUUUUUCCCUCUUGUGUGUAUUUGUAUGAACAGUGCAUCAGCAGUGCUAGUAAUGGUGAGCACAGUGCUUGUUGCGUUUGCACAUUGUACAGAGCUAUUCCAUAUCCCAAAGGCGCUAUUGAAAAAUGUAUUUAUUAAAAAUCAGAAAUGGAAAAAAAGAUAUAUCGACAAACUCAGAGAAUAUUUCGUCGUCUCAGGAGGAUUCUUGAAAUCAUUGGCUAUUAGAUUCACCAAAUAUGCAGUCAUCCAAUCACAGCUCAGCCGAGCCUCACGAUGAAUGCUGAUUGGCUCCUGGCCAAAUAUCUUCAAGUGUGUGUGGAAUGUCAUUUCGCUUUUUUCUUCUUAGUAGCUUUGAAUUAUAAACUAGAACAGCUAUUCACUGAAGCCCAAUUAUGUUUUAUUUUGUACAUUUAUUGAAUUAUCUAUUCAUAUUUAGAUUUGGAAACAUUUCUUUAGUCCAGUAUAAUGUAUAAAGGAUAUUUUGAGAACAUUUAGUUCAUUUCCUAUCAUGACCUGAUGCUUCAAAAGUGUUGCUAUGAGAAGUUCAUUUCAUUAUUAUGUCUUGGUCAAACACAUAAAAACGCAUAAGGUGAACUUAAAUACCAGCACUCAUAAUAACAUGACUUAUAACCUCACAUAUCCAACAAAUGGCUGCGGCUGCAUUCAGAAUGGGAUACUAGCAUACUAUAUAUUAUGUUGAAUUUAAUUCAGGUUAAUUUGUAAAGCACUUAUUACAAUACUUAUAGAUUCAAAGCAGCUUUUCAAAGGUGCAAAUUAAUGCAUUACAAUCAAAUUACGUUCAAGUUAAAAUUAUAUAUAGGUUAUUAUAUAAACCUAGUUAACCUGCAUUUUCAUAGUUGAAGUCAGAAUCAUCAUCAAAUACAUGUUUAAUAAAGAAACAGGCAGUUAAUUAAUGUCUAAAAGCAUUUUAGAGAUAAUGUUGUGUUUCCAGGUUGUUUGAUACAAAUAAACCAAUCUGGUUUAUUUUGUUUUCAGUUUUCUGCACAGAAAAAUUAAUUGAAUGUAUUUUGAAUACAUUGAAUAUAGAUACAUAUUCUCAAAUGUGCUGACUGCAAAAAUAACUUUGGUGGAAAAGCCAGUAGGAAAUUCAAUAUUUAGUGCAUUACACUGACAAAAGUGGAGUAAAAACUAUUUUCAUGUAGAAAUUUAGUAUAUAUCACAAUUAUUUGCAAAUGGAAAAGAAUACGCCAAAAUAAAAUGAUAUAAAAGACUGUAAUAGUAUUUUUUAAACAUACAUCAGUGAUCUUUAACAUCAAGAAAUAUUACACACUUCAAAAUGUACAUAUACUGUGCACAGUAAAGUAUACUACAAAGUAAUUAUAAACAAUUCCUUCAUCAUUUGUCCAUAUAUAAUAUUUACAGUACGCUGGUAUGCUAUUCUGAAUUCAGACAUCAGCUCGAAUCAGGAAGAGAACUUCUGUUUAAAUAGAAGAGAUGCUGUGAUGUCAUAAAGUCUUGAAGCCUCACGUCCAAUCAGGAGGCUGCGUCAUUACAGUCAUUCGGUUUAUUCCUCAACAAAUCUUCUCUUAUUCACAACUAUAUUAGCCUGAUUCCCUGAAUGUCUUCACUCAACAGCAAACUCGCAGGCUUGUACUAGUCUGUGCUGUCUUAAUGUAAAGCAUUGUUAUCUCUUCAGUUGUGCUUGCUGGUUUAUUAAUAAAGUGACAUCUUCAGGCCUU